UCAGCAUAUGAUUCCAUUACUGUGAAGAUGAGGAAAAGGAAAAAUAAUCUCACCAGCUAAAAACAAAGCUAGCUAGCUAUCCAUCUUUACUUUAUGAUAUGAUUGUAUUUGUUUUAAUAGCUUGCUAGAUAACUGUAGAAAAUCAUAAUAUAGAAAACACAAAGACUGUUUUCAUAUUGAAAAGGGUCCAAAGCGUCGGGGGACAAUGUCGGGUUCCGUGGUAGAUUUCCAGGGGCAGAUAGCCUCAAUCAUGGAGGUGCUAGCUAAUGCGGCUGUAGCCGAAAUCUGCAAAAUUGUUGACGAUGGCUACGCCGUUGUACAUCUGGAGAUGUCCCAAAGUCACAAGGAGAACGAAUUUCUCAGGAGGAAAAUGAAACUGAUGGAACUUCAGGUCGCGAGGUUUAGAGCAGAGAGAACAAAGUCUUCAGAGGGGUCCGUCCACAACCGCUUCCAUGGAAUACGCCUGCUGAACAGACACAACAAUCGAGAGACCGCAACGACAGGACCUACUUGGCAAAGCAGAGCCAGACUUUCCAACAGGAGUUUUGGGAACAGCAGCAUUCAAAGAGACAGACAGCCCAUAGACGUGGACCAAGAGGAUGUCUCUCCAUCAAAGCAUAUGGAUGCUACAAGUGAUGAGUCAGGAGAGACAGAGGACGGGGAACCAGACCUGCUGAUCAUCAAGGUGGAGGGAGAAGCAGAUGACCAGGACUCUAGGUCCAGCCACCCAGCCAGAACAGUGGAGGGCAGCAGAGAGCUAACCACCCAACCGGCUGCAGCCACCACAGAGGACCCCACCUUCCAGUCCAGUGGCCCCAAAGGCAACAACAACAACUACAUCAACACCGCUAUGGAGGCCAAAUCUACUGUGGAAGGGGAGAGAGACCUCCAGCCAUGGAAGAAAGAAGAGGAUCUGAGGGAGAUGCCAGGCACUGACAGUGGCCAGAGAAUGACAGACCCAAACACACAGACCUCUCCAGACACAGACCAAGCAGAGUUCACUGAGCAGCUCAGAACCAAACACAGCAUAGUGAAUGUCAACAGAUCAAACACUGUUUUCAAGUCAGACCUGGAGCCUGAGAGGCUGAGCCAGGCGCUCCAACUCACAGUUCCAGGACCUGUUGCUAAACAGAAGUGCAGCCUGAACCCCGAGAGAACAACCGAUCUGCCUGGAACCUCCCGUAAGCAAAGAGGCAGUGAUACAGCGACUGAGCGGCCAUCUUGUUCUAGUUAUGCUGCUGAGACAGUCUCAGGAAGCCCCUCGCCUCUCACAAAGAUGAACCCCAUUCCCCCACUUCCUCAGAUGGUGAGGGGUGAACACGAGAAUUCCCAGGGCGGUUCAGAGGUCAAAUCUGAGGUCAUAGUUAUCGACCCCCUUCCUGUUGACGAGGGGGAGGGUGGGGAUGACACGCCCUCUUCCUGGAGACAAAGUGACAUCAUGGAACCCAGGCAUCAUCAAGGAGGACAUAGUGAAGCAGAUGCCAUGCUUCUUGGAGGACAUUCGAGUAACACUCAUCAUCAUUCUCACCCAGGUGUCCAGGCAGCAGCGAGACAGAACUCACCCGAGAAUCUGUUCUACACCAUUGGCAUGGACGGCGCUUUCGACAACCGCCUUGGCACCUUUCAGAACCCCGCAACCACCGCCACUGCUCCAUUCGCCACGGGAACCGGAGAGCUGCAGUACCCCUCCUGGGUGGAUUUCCCUGGGAGCGCCCCCGACACCCACCUGGGCGACAUGACUGGGACUCAUCAGGACAGAGGGGUGGGGGAGGAGGGGGCGAGGUCCUACAGGUGCACCUUCUGCGGGAGGGAGUACCCUCACCUGUGCCAGCUCAAGAUGCACCAGAGGGUCCACACAGGGGAGAAACCGUAUGAGUGCGCCCAGUGUGGGAAGCAGUUCAGCCAGCUGGGCAGCCUGAAGCGGCACCAGAGAGUACACACAGGGGAGAAACCGUUCAGAUGCACUCAAUGCGGAAAACAGUUCUCUCGUUCCAGCAACCUAAAAGUGCAUCAGAGCGUCCAUUCGGGUGAGAAACUGUUUCACUGCACCCAGUGUGGAAAGAACUUCUCCUUUCUGAGCAAUCUGAUAAGACACCAGGCAGUUCAUGCACGUAAAUUAUAGGUUGUGUUGUGUUGAUUUGGGAUUGUGUUUUCUGAAUUUAUUGUAAAUUGAAUGAGGUGUAUGAUUGCUCUGUCUUAAAGGUUGUUACCUGUUAUUUUUUCUCCCCUGACUGUUAUUAUGUAUUCUGGAGCCAUUUGUAAAACAUUUAUAAAAAGUGACACUAAACAUUUGAUUGCAGAUUGUUAUAUUGGUUCAUGUUGGUUAUUGUUGUUUAAAAAGGUUAAAGUUUUUAUAGCAUAAAUUCAUACAGUAUUUGUGAAGCAAAGUGUUGAAAAUAAUCAGGCUAAACUAAGAUUGUCACAACGAACAUGCUUAAAGUUAAAAAGUUCUCUGUUAUAAGAGAAAUAAACCAACUCGUGGCUUCAACACAGCGCCCCCUAUCAGUAAUCUAGUAUAUAAAUAAUUGGUUUGCAACAUGUUUGUAACAAUGUU